AUGUCGUUCCGAUUUGCUCAGACGAAGGAACGCGUUGGCAUCCUCUGUGGGGUCCUGGCGGCGAUUGUGGCUGGGCUCUGCAUGCCUGCCAUGAUCAUCCUCUUUGGGAGGGUGACCAAUUCUAUGGUGUACAAUGAGGCUGGCAUCAAAUCAUCCAUUCAAGUCAUCAAUGAAACCUGCUUUAAUGGAACCUUACUGGAGUCGAAUGAAAGUUCUGAUCCCAUGGCCCUCUGCAAUCAAAUGAAUAUCUUCAAGGAUUGCCUCAAGGAUGAACCAAACACCUUAGAAUUCAUUACUGAUGUCUGUGAAAUGGAUUUUGAAGAAGAGAUGGAGAUCUUUGGGAUCGGCACGGCUGCCAUCGGUGCAGUGCAGCUCCUCAUGGGCUAUAUCUUCGUCUCUUCCUUGAAUUAUGCUGCUGAAAAUCAGGUCUACCGCAUCCGCAGUCUAUUCUUGAAAGGUAUCUUGCGUCAGGAUAUCGGUUGGUACGACACUCGCCAGACGGGAGACUUUGCAAGCCGAGUCACUGAAGACCUGAACAAGCUGCAGGAAGGCAUAGGGGAGAAGAUAGGGAUGUUCCUGUUCUUCUUCACUGUGUUUCUUGCCUCACUUAUCAAUGCCCUUUAUCAUGGCUGGAAGCUCACCUUGGUUAUCCUCUCAGCCAUGCCUGUUCUCAUGGUUGCCUUUGGGGUCAUGGCCAAGCUGGAGGAGGAAGAGGCAAAAUCCUUGUGUGAGAAUCAAUGCAGGGCAUUGAAGGAGUCAUUACUCAGCCAGCAGGAGAUCUUUAGUAACCUGCUGGAAGUCGUCCGACCCUGGCGAUCGUUGGUCUUUGCUGAAACAAGAAGUGCUGCAUCUGAGGAGGAGGAAGCAGACCUGGAAAGACUCCGCAGCUGGGGUGCCACACCGACCAACAGUUUAAGUCAGCGCGAACGUGACCAAGCAUCCAGCCUGGAGCUGGCAUCCCAUGCUGUCCUUGUCCCAUCUCAUCCUGCAUCCUCUAUUGUAGUGGAACGAGGUGUUGGGACUUCCCCUCCCCCAGAAGCUUAUCAUACUUGCCCUAUUUGUGAAGAUACCUUCUCUCAGGAAAUUUCUCAUGAGGAAUUUGAGUCCCAUGUUGUCCAACAUUUUGAAGUUGAUGAAGAUUCUUUUCUGGCACAAUUUACCAGUUCAGAUAUUAAGUACAAAACAACAUCUCAACCAAACAAAGCGAAAAAGAACGUCUCCAAGAUUCCCCGUGACAAGUAA